UUGCCUUUCGAAUUUGCUAUCUUUUUCGCUUCCAUUUUUAGCAUACUCCCCUCCCUUGUCUCUCAAUUUCACCCCCAACAGCACCCAUUUUAAACUUGGGUGUGCUUUGGAUCAUUAGCCUUCUGGGGUUCAACAUUCUUUCUAUAUGAAAUUUUCACUUCUCACGUGGAAAUUCAUAUAAAUAUAUUUUUGAUCCGCAAAAAAGGGAGAGAAGGUCCGGUCGGAGCAGGCAGAGUCAGAGAAGCGUACACCCACCACCGCUAAGGCUGCCACAACAUGUUUGAAGACCCCGACAGCAUACCUCGAGCCAAAUACGGUGGCAACAUGGCACAUUCCGACCCCAACAUUUCGACCACGCUAAGCGUCGAAGACGAUGAUUUCGCCAUGAGAAACAGCAGCGCUUCCGUCGGCGCUAACGCCUAUUACGACCAGAGUCGUACUAGCGGCGAAGGCUCUCCCAUGACAAUGUCGCCAUGGAAUCAGACCUCCAUGUUCGCUAAAUCCCCAUGGUCUCAAGUGGAAGAAAACAGCGGCCCACAAAAUGGCUUGAUUGGCUCUCUUGUUCGUGAAGAGGGCCAUAUCUAUUCCUUGGCUGCUGCAGGGGAGCUUCUCUACACUGGCUCCGACAGUAAGAACAUUCGAGUUUGGAAGGAUUUGAAGGAAUAUGCCGCUUUUAAAUCCAGCAGUGGGUUGGUGAAAGCCAUUAUAAUCUCCGGCGAGAAGAUUUUCACCGGACACCAAGACGGCAAAAUCCGCGUCUGGAAGGUGUCCCAAAAGAACCCAAGUGAUCAUAAGCGAGCUGGAACAUUGCCAACGCUCAAGGACAUUUUCAAAAGCUCAAUUAACCCCAACAAUUACGUGGAAGGUCGAGGGCGUAGAAGGGCUUUGUGGAUCAAGCACUCUGAUGCAGUGUCCUGUUUGAGCCUGACAGAGGACAAACUCCUCUUAUACUCUGCUUCGUGGGACAGAACUUUAAAGGUUUGGAGAAUUUCAGACUCCAAGUGCUUGGAGUCACUGAAUGUGCACGACGAUGCGGUGAAUUCGGUGGUGGCGAGCGUGGAGGGGCUGGUGUUUACCGGCUCGGCGGACGGGACAGUGAAGGUAUGGCAAAGAGAGGCGAAAGGGAAGGCAACAAAGCACACUCUGGUGGAGUCUCUGUUGAAGCAGGAAUGUGCAGUGACGGCGCUGGCAAUCACGGAAGCCGGAACGUUUGUCUACUGUGGGUCAUCUAAUGGGAUGGUGAACUUCUGGGAAAGGAAAGAGAAAUUGUCACACGGCGGCAUUCUAAAAGCGCAUAAGCUGACUGUCCUGUGUCUGGUGGCGGCGGGGUGUAUGUUGUUCAGUGGCUCCGCCGACAAGACCAUAUGCGUAUGGCGUAGAGAUGGGUCAGUCCACACAUGUCUGUCGGUGCUGUCGGGACACGGUGGGCCGGUGAAGUGCUUGGCGGCAGAAGUGGACGAGGAGACAUCGAAGAAUGGGGACAAACAGUGGAUGGUGUACAGUGGAAGCUUGGACAAGUCGAUUAAGGUGUGGCGCGUGUCCGAGAUGGCGGCGGACAGGAAUGGUGUAGCGAUGAUGCAGCAGCAGUUCGGGACAGACACAGACUCAGCGCCGUCAGAAAACAGCUUCACGUCUUCCACCAGAGCAGCCAGCCUAGGCAAACGACCGUGAAAGUGAUUGUGAAGGAGAAUGAGAGUGAAUGUUUCCAAGAUUUUGAGAUGUUUUCAAAGUGUGUGCGUUUUCUGAAGCAGCAAACUCACCUUCCUCCUCUUCUGUUGUAUAUUGUGGAACAGAUAAUAACACUCCACUUGUAUGUCAUUACAUUCAUCAUUAAACAUUACUAAUCAUAUUUUUUACUUCCACCUUCCAACCUUAAUUCUAUCCCUUACAACUGCAUGCAAAACUAAGCAUCUCUGA